GGAGGAGACAGCGGCAGGAGGCGGCGGCAGGAGGCGGCGGCAGCAGGAGGCGGCAGCAGGAGGAGGCGGCAGCAGGAGGAGGCAGCAGCAGGAGGCAGCAGCAGCAGCAGGAGGCAGCAGCAGCAGCAGGAGGAGUGUGGAGAGCCGCCAUCAUCGCCACGUCCGCCGUGUCGUUCAGAGGAGGGAGGAGGAGGAGACUGUGAUGGUGGUGAUGGUGGUGAUGGUGGUGGUGAUGGUGAUCAUGAUGAUGGCGCCUCGGGGGUUGUUGUUCCCGUCCGGCAUCUGCGUCGCCUGUUCUCUCGCUCUCACCGCCUGCGCCCACAGCACCGCGGCCACAGGCCUGCCGACGACCCUGGGCUUGUCGGUGACGGAGACGACGUCGACCAGCGUGACGCUGACAUGGGACUUGCUCGGCCCUGACCCUGUCCUCUUCUACGUCAUCCAGUACAAGCUGCAAUCGUCGGAGGGCCCCUUCCGGGAGACGGACGCCGUGCCCGACACGCAGCACACGCUCGCGGGCCUGGAGCCCGACUCGAUGUACGAGCUGCGGGUGCUGGCGGUGACCGGGAUGGGGCGCGGGCCGCCCAGCCCGCCGGCAUUGGCGCGCACCGGCGAACAGGCGCCGUCGGGCCCGCCGCGCAACGUGCACGCGUACAUGCUGGGCCGCACCCCCAUCCUGCUGAUAGCGUGGCGCCAGCCCAAGGUGCCCAACGGGGUGAUCCGUGGCUACCGCGUCUACUGCGCCGUCGAACCCGUGCGGCCCGAGAGCACCUGGCUGGAGAGCGUCGUCGGCGGCGAUGACUUUUUCGCCUUGUUGGGCGGCCUGGCGCCCAACACACCGCACGUGCUUCGCAUGCUCGCCUUCACGUCCGCUGGCGACGGGCCCUUGUCCGACAAGAUCUACGUCGAGACCACCGUCGCAGCUCCUCCUGUCCAGCCGGUGAAGCUGACAGCAGAAGCGGUGUCCGAAUCGAGCAUUCUGUUACGCUGGACCCCUCCGCACCACGGCGCCGUCGCCAGCUACGAGCUCUACGUCCGCCACGGGGGGGACAACAGCAACGACAAGGAGGAGGAGACACGCCCUCCCUCCCAAAACUUCCUGGAAGGGAUUGUCGUCGACUCCCUGGCGUGCCCGACACCGUUCUACCGCUUCCAGCUGUCGGCGCGCUCCCGCGCCGGGCUGGGCCCCGCCACCUUCACGGUCACGGAGCGCACCAAGCAGUCAGAAGGCUCGGGGAGGGGGGACGACGGGAAGGACGGGGAGGCCGGGGAGGACGGCUCGGGAGGGCGGCCGAGCGGGGUUGGUGGCUGGCGCCAGACGCCGCUGCAGAGCGGAGAGGAGGAGCGUGACGCUGCGGGGCUGAGCGAGCGGGCCC